GUCAGUCAGAUGGCGUGCUCGUGACGCAACGGUUGCCACCCUCCUCACCGCACACCACCACCACCUUCCCCCCCCCCCCCACACCACCAACCACUCAUGCGUUCCUUGGUAGCCUCCCUGCAAUUGGCGGAAAACUCCAGACGUCUACUCGCUGAUUGGGUAGUCGGCCGCGGGGUCAUGAGAGGCGGGCGCCGAUUGGCGGAGCCGGCUGGCGCCGCACGCGGCGCAGACGCUGCUUGUUGUUGUUGUGAAAGGAGGCGGCGGAGCGGUCGGAGUCGGUCGGAGUGAGGAGCCGGUCGGCGGGCACUCAGGUCCCACUCCAGUAUGUCUUUGAAUCCUCCCACCAGCAAUGAUGCAUGCCUGAGCAUCGUGCAUAGCCUGAUGUGCCAUCGGCAGGGUGGGGAGAACGAGAGCUUUGCCAAGCGUGCCAUUGAGAGUUUAGUGAAGAAGCUCAAAGAGAAGAAAGAUGAAUUGGACUCGCUGAUUACAGCCAUUACAACAAAUGGGGCACAUCCCAGCAAAUGUGUUACAAUCCAGCGGACCCUAGACGGCCGGUUGCAGGUCGCUGGAAGGAAAGGCUUUCCGCACGUGAUCUACGCACGCCUCUGGCGAUGGCCAGACUUGCACAAGAAUGAGCUGAAGCAUGCCAAGUUCUGUCAGUUUGCCUUUGACUUGAAGUAUGAUAGCGUUUGUGUCAACCCAUACCAUUAUGAGAGGGUUGUGUCACCCGGGAUUGGUCUCAGCCUCCAGAAUACAGCUCCACCCAGCCGGUUGGUGAAGGAUGAAUUUGUCCACGAAUGUGUGCAGCUGGACGGACCGCAGGUCAUACCACACCCUGAAGAACACGGGCUUCAGUCAGUCAAACAUCCACCGAGCACACUGCCACCAUCUGAAACGUACGCCCAGCCUCUCCCACCCCCAAUACUUCCCCUACCAGAGACGUCCAGAUCAACUGUGCACAGCUAUCCAAACAUUCCCAUGUCUCCUCCUCCAGCCAACAGUUCCCUCAUAUCCAUGAAUCACAGUGAGGGCCUGUUACAGAUUGCUCCACCACUACAGCAGAUGGCACCUCCCCCGACGCCCCCUCCAACUGCUCCCCCUCAUCCAUCUCAGCAGAACGGAUACCCCUCACUGAAACAGCCAUACCACAGUACAACGGCAACAUGGACAGGCAGCAGCACGGCUGCCUAUACCCCGAAUAUCGGGCCCCAGCAGAAUGGGCAUGGACAGCACCAGCCAUCACUCCAUCACCCAAGCCAUUACUGUCAGACGUCACAGUCGGCUGUGAUGCCGUUCCUCCUGCGGCACGCUGCCUCAACCGCACAGCCGCAUACGGCGCAUAAUGGGUCUUCCCAUCACAAUGGGGCAUCCUACCAGCAGCCCAUAUCCAACCAUCCAGGCCCUGAGUUCUGGUGUUCGAUCACAUACUUUGAGAUGGAUGUGCAGGUGGGGGAGAUGUUCAAGGUUCCCUCCAGCUGCCCGGUGGUGACGGUUGACGGCUACGUGGACCCAUCGGGAGGAGAUCGCUUCUGCCUUGGUCAGCUAUCAAAUGUACAUAGGACUGACGCCAGUGAGAAGGCCAGGUUACACAUCGGCAAAGGCAUCCAGCUGGAGUGUCGGGGUGAGGGUGACGUUUGGAUGCGAUGUCUGAGCGACCACGCUGUGUUUGUGCAAAGCUACUAUCUGGAUCGAGAGGCAGGCCGGGCACCCGGAGACGCCGUACAUAAAAUCUACCCAGGAGCAUACAUCAAGGUGUUUGACUUGCGCCAGUGUCACCGGCAGAUGCAGCAACAAGCGGCCACAGCACAGGCAGCGGCAGCAGCACAGGCGGCAGCCGUGGCUGGCAACAUUCCGGGGCCCGGAUCCGUGGGAGGCAUCGCCCCUGCUGUCAGUCUCUCGGCGGCCGCGGGGAUCGGCGUCGACGACCUGAGGCGUCUCUGCAUCCUCCGGCUGAGCUUCGUCAAGGGCUGGGGCCCAGACUACCCACGGCAGAGCAUCAAGCACACACCCUGCUGGAUCGAGGUGCACCUCCACCGGGCACUGCAGCUCCUGGAUGAGGUGCUGCACACCAUGCCCGUCACCGACCCAGGAUCCGUCAACUGACGUCAGCCACCCACCCCUCCCGGUCCCCAGCCAGUCGUUGCAGGACUCUGCAAACUGCCCAGUCUGAAGCCAGAUGGAGCUUCUGCAGUCUGAUGCAAUAUAACUUUAUUUUUAUAUGUUUUACCUUAUUUCUUAUUUACUGUGUCACGUAAAGAACUCACACUACAACCGUGAACUGAGGGGACUCCCUUCGCUAAAUCCUGCAAGGUGUAUUUAUUUGGGCAUUCUGACUUGAACUCAGUAAAAUAUCAUUCAAUUAAUUUUGCAGUUGGACACUGGAUCAGGAAUUUUCCCUCCCAUUGGAUCUCCUGUGUAACCGGUUUAUCAGGACAAGAAUCAUCAAACUUACUAGAUUUCCACUGGGGUAAUAGAUUUCCUGUGAUUUUUUUAAAAUAUAUAUUAUUUUGCCCUUAGUUCUGUUGAAGGGGAUCUUUAAGCCCUCUUGAUUCUUUUAUUAGAUGUCACUUUAAUUGUGCGACUUUUCCUGAACUUGAGGAGAAACUUCUGACAUCUGUUUUAAAAAUAUCCAAUCAAAUAAUAACAUAGUCCGUUAUCCUUG